GUGUAGCUGUGAGUCGAGUAGAAAAAUUUUUAAGUGAACCUGAACUAAAAAAAGAUAAUAUAGUUUUUAGUUUAGAUUCUACAAUCGGAUUGACGGGAGUUGAUGCCUCUUGGAACCAUAAUACGAAUUUUCGCGAACUUAAUAAUGACUUUUGUUUAAAAAACAUUACUUUGAAAUUUCCUAUAGGAAAAAUUAGUUUAAUAUGCGGUCAUAAAUUUUCCGGUAAAACCAUGUUUUUCCUAACUCUCCUUCGCGAAACCACAGUCACAAACGGUACUAUACAUUUUCCUACAUCUUCUGUGGCUUAUGUUCCUCGACAAGGAUGGUUGGAAAGUACAAACAUCCGAGAAAAUAUCUUAUUCGGAACAAAUUUUGAACAUGAACGUUACUGGAAUAUAGUUGAUUCAUGUGGUCUGACAAUAGACUUUGAGAAUAUGGACGAAGCCGAUUUCACGGAGUGUGAAGAUAAAGAUGUGGUUCUAACGGAUGGACAAAAAGCUCGUAUCUCGUUGGCAAGAGCGUUAUAUAGUUCAGCUCAAAUAUUACUUUUAGACGAUUGUUUAGCAGAUUUGGAACCCGAGAUGGCUCGACAAAUUAUCAAUAAUUGUCUAAAGAGUCCGUUAGUUAGUGGGAGGACUGUAAUAAUGUCAACAAAAUAUGCUAGAUAUCUUUUGGAUGUUGCUGAAUACAUUGUGGUACUUGGAGAUGGGACGGUUCGUUCAAAAGGACAUCCAGAAGAAGUGCAUGAAUCAGGAUUUUUAACUGAAGAUAUGCUCGGAAAAGAUGAUGAACCAGUUCUUGAUCAAGUUGACAAAAAUGAUCAACUAAUGAUUGAAAAAUCCGAUAAGAGAAAUUGGGCAGCAGAAGAAGCUCGCUCCCAAGGAAAAGUUCCGUUUAGAGUUUAUUUAUUCUAUUUAAAAUCUAGUGGAGGUUUAUCUCUUUGGUUUAUACUUGUUCUAUUAUUUAUUAUUAUUAGAGUUUUGACGGUUGGCGAGACAUAUUGGUUGAAAAUAUGGUCCGAAAAUGGAGAUCCCCCAAGUGAUCAUUCAAAUUUGGAAAACUUAAUAUUUUACAUAGGAAUAUAUGCUUCAAUUGCAUUUACUUCGGCUAUUUUUACAAUUAUUCGAAUGGCUUGGCAAUUUUUCGUUUCACUAAAAGGCUCUAGAACUCUAUUUUCAAAACUUCUUAAUUCGAUUCUGAGAGCACCUUUAAGUUUUUUUGAUACAGCACCUCUAGGAAAAGUUAUGAAUAGAUUUUCUAAGGAUUUAGGAAUGAUUGAUCAAGGUGUUGUUACCGUUAUAUCAAGCUUCCUUGGAAAUGCUGUGGGUGCGAUGAGCAUACUUGUUGUGGUGACGGCUGUUACCUAUGAAUUUGGAAUAGUCUCGAUUUUAGUUGAACUAAAACGUCUUCAAUCGAUGACUCGAGCACCAGUAGUUUCUUGGUUUGGUGACUCAGUCAUCGGUAUCGCCAUCAUUCGAGCAUUUAAUAUCGAACGAUACUUAAUUCUUAAAAAUCAUGAUCGUAUUAAUGCUGGAUUAGCUGGUUUCUCUCUUAGUUAUGCGCUUGGUUUUGUACAGAUUGUAUUUAUGUUGGUCAAAGAUUAUACAACCAUGGAAACCAGUUUGAGUAGCGUUGAAAAAAUCCAAGAGUAUAUUGAAAUGCCACAAGAGCAUCCAGCUGUUAUUACUAACGCACAUCCUCCAGCUGCGUGGCCAACCAAUGGGAACAUUGAAGUAUCUAAUUUAACAGUUCAAUACGGAGAAAAUGAAGAACCUGUCCUUCAAAAUGUUUCGUUUAUUGUUCAAGCUGAAGAAAAAAUUGGCAUAGUCGGAAGAACAGGCUCUGGAAAAACGACUUUGGCUAAUUCAUUUUUGAGAUUAACUGAAGCUACUGACGGUAAAAUUGUAAUUGAUGGGAUAGAUAUUGCCAAUAUAGGUUUAGAAGACCUAAGAUCUAGAUUAACAAUUAUAUCUCAAGACCCAAUUCUUUUUGAGGGAACCGUUCGAUCAAAUUUGGAUAUACGUGGCGAAUACAAUGAUCAUGAAUUGUGGGAAGCGUUAAGAAGAGUACAUCUCAUUCAUAUCGAAAGUCCUCCAAAUGGUCAAUUAUUAAUCAUUGGACCGAUAACAUCUCUCGAUGAUCCCGUCAACGAAGGUGGUAGUAAUUUCUCUAGAGGACAAAGGCAGUUGUUAUGUUUAGCAAGAUCUUUAUUAAGACAAUCAAGGAUUAUUAUUAUGGACGAAGCUACUGCAAGUAUUGAUAUUGAGACGCAAAAUAAGAUACAGGAAAUUAUAACAGAAGAAUUUCGACAUGCUACAGUUUUAAGUAUUUCACAUCGGUUUCAAAAUAUUAUAGAUUCGGAUAGAAUUCUAGUUCUUAAUGAAGGUUCCAUCGUAGAAUUUGAUACGCCAUACAAUUUAAUCAACGAUCCAGAUAGUUUGUUCAGGCAUUUAUGUGAACAAACUGGUGAAUUAGAUUCAUUAACAGAAAUGAUCAGAUUAAAUAAUUUAGAAGAAUAUGAAAUAAAUGAAGAGGAAAAUUAUGUAGAAGAUGAGGAAAAUUAUGUAGAGGAUGAAGAGAACGAAGUAUUACAAGAUAUGGAAAUAGGAGAUGAAACUGAUGAACAAGAAGAUAAUCGGACAGAACGUGAAUCUGAUCAAACGGAAACGGAAAAUGAAAUAGAACGAGAAGCCAAUGAAUAUGAUCAAGAAGCUAUUGAAUAUGAUCAAGAAGCCAACGAAUAUGAUCAUGAAAUAGUAGAACAGGAUGAUGAUCAAGAUAUAUCAGAAGAUUAUUAA